ACAUUAAGUUAAAUGAGAUUUAGUCAAAAUAUUAUGUGGUGAGUUUUUGAUCCAAGGUUUUUUUUUUCUUCAGUGAAAUAAAGUUUAAUUUUGUAUCUUUUUUUAAACACGAUUUUAAAAAAUACUAAGAAGUGUCGUAAAUCUCCAGCUCAGUGACUUCUGGUUGAGGCAUUUGAAUUAAUAUUGAAGCUACAUUAAAUUGUGUGUAUUUUGUUUUAUAAUUAGUGGUGGUAUUUAUACCUCAGCCUGGUUCAUUAAACCAGUUUCUUUCAUAUCGCUGCCUAAUUUAACUGUGACGACCUCCCAGAUGUUCAGGUCAAACCUCAGACGCACCGCCGGGACUUUUACUGAUUAAAUUUUUUUUCAUUCACACUGAAGCUCAGUGUUGAUUCUCCACUCAUUACCAGAGGGAUUUUUUAAUUUACCUUAGACUUUCGGGUGUGAUUGUGUGAAUGAAUACAUGCUGUAAAUGAUCCUAACGGUUUCUGGAUGUUGAUGACAAAUGUUAAAAAUAAUCCAGUGAGAAAUGUGACACUGGUGAGAACACAGAAUCACUGACAGGAUGACAUUUAGCUCAGAGUGGCUUUUAGUACGUCCAUCAAUUUAUCAAAAGUUAGUAAGUUUUCAUCAUGUGAAGACGUAGUGUGUCCCGUCCUGUGAGCUCAGACAGCUCGCUGCUCCACCAACAUUGUUGUCUUUUCACUACAUGUGUGUCAAAUGUUUUCACCUACAGAGUCCAGCUGGUGUCUCAGAGCAGGACAUCAUCUGUCUGCUGCUGUCGGAGCUUUGAGCAGAUGUCGGUCGUCAUGUUGAACAUUUUCCUUCAUCAAGUCACCACAUCACCUCAGCGCCACACACACACCCCUCUCCUGAAGACAAAGAACCAGAAUCAGGGAUCAGGGACAUUAACAAAGGACUCACAGUUUCCUUAUUUUCCUGAAAUAUAUCUGUCAUCAUGCUUUGGAUGUGGAAACCUGCCGGAAUGUGUUUGUUUCUGUUGUCCUCCAGAUAAACCUUCAGAUGUGUUUUGAUCUUGCUUCAUAAACUGAAGCAGAACCAGAACCAGGACUAGUUCUUCAGUGUGAUGUCAGGUCUCCUGCUUUGAAGCCUGAUGUAUUCACUUUCACACACAUCCCUGAGGAGGUGAUGUGGACUUGACUGAGCUCAGGUAAACCAGACACACCUGUUUGCUUCUGUCCUACAGACAGAACCAGGACUGGCCCAUGAUCCGUUUACAGCACCAGUUAUUCUCAAGAUGAAGGAUUUGAUGUGGAUGGACCAUGUCUCCAUGUGUCCUCUGUCUCUCUAACACGUCUUGUUAGUUCUGUUAAUAAAACAAAUUCUCAGUUUGAGAAUUAUCUGCUCUUGUUCAUCAGUAACCUCUUCAGAUAUAUUGAUUUGAACCACUCAACCAGGAAGAGCAGCAAUCGCUUCAAGGUGUGAUGAUCAGUGGAGCUGAUCCAGACUUUUAUCAAACUGGUUCUGUCUCUUGAAGACACCAUCUGUCUGUCUCUUUCUGUCUGUCCUCACUUGUUCCCCUCACUGAUCACAGUUAUUGAUGAUUGGGUUGUGUGUUCAUCUAUUUUUAGACGACCUAUUUCUUAGUGGAAAGUUCUGUCUUCUAAAAACAUUUUAAAAACCACCAGUGACCUGCGGCUCGUCACCACCUGACCAGAACCGAAACCAGGAUACCAGUAGCAGCUAAUCAGAGGCAGAGGUGGGCAGAGCAAUUGAAUAUAAAAGAGGUGGAAACCACCAAAGUAUUAUUGAGUUAUUAGUGUUGAUCAGUUUUAUUAUCGAUCAGUGUACUGGUGGAGAAAAUCUGAGAGAUGAAGGUAAGAACCCACUGGGAACACUGUGUCUGCAGGGUUCACAGUACUUUUGCUUCUCAGAAAUACUUUUACUACUUUCCUCUGGUGGAUGAAGACUGUUACAGACAGGAGGUGGAGUUUAUUAAAAGUGAUGCAGUCCGUGUACUUUUACUGCAGUAACAUUUUGAAUUCAGCACUUUAACUCGUUGAACAUAACGGAUGUCUAAAACUGAGCCCAGAAUUUCAGAGUUGUUAGGGCCACUUGUGACAUUUGUACAUGAAGAGGUUGUUUUGUCUCCCCAGUGUAAUAAUCUGUGCAGUCCUGCUGCACUGAACAUCAUAAACUACAGAACUCUGUUCAUGUCUGGGUGUUGGGUCCUCAGGAUGGACCAGGUUCUGGAUCAGUGUGUUGGCGGGUUUGAAGUGGACCAGGAUGUUUAUUAAAGAUCCUUCUGAGUCUCAAGUUUCUGUUCUUUCUCCUUCCCCACUGACUUAAUGGGCACAGACACUGGUAUCGAGACUACAGGUCUGUACUGGUGUUCAGCAGCCUCACUGGAUCAUGCUGCAGCCGGUUUACCAUUAAUGUUGUUCUCUGUAGUUUACGUUCUUUAUCUCAUUUCUUUUGUUCUCUUGUUGUAAAGAUGUUUUUCUAUUGAUUAUCUCCUCAAAGCACCGGGAUGACAUCACUUUUAAGGAUAAAUGAGUGUGAUUUCAAUGUUUGAUUUUUGCUGAUAAUCACUUUAUAAGAUCAUCACAGGAGUUAAGUCACGUUUGUUUUUAUGAAUAUUUGACUUUAUGUGUUCUCUCCAUCUCUGUUUUUGCGUCUUUUAACAUCUCACAAACUCUGUGUAACGUCUAGUUGUUUCCUUCGUCUUGUCUUACAGGAGGAUCAUUGUUCUCUCAGCCUAUGAGUCAGAACAGGGCCUUGACCCGACAGACUGAAUCAUGGGUAAUGUGUCCUCGGCUGUCCCAUACAGGACGCUGAAGAGACGUGUGAGUGAGGAGACAUGGAGAGGUGAACCUGAGGUGGAGGAGCGGCUGCUGCUAGAGCUGCAGGAGCUGCAGGAGGUGGAGCUGUGGAGGCUCAACUGGAGUCUGAGUCAGGAACUCCUGCAGGGUGUCCCCCCCGUCCCAUUGAGCUGGCUCCGCACCGCCGACGCCUGCAGCACUGCUAAAACCCUGCUGAGGUGUUACCAUGAUGAUGGGGCACUCAGCGUGUUGGAGGCGGCUUUGAGGGCGAUUGGCCGAGAUGAUUGGCUGUCCAUGCGGCACAUGGUGUACCCACUGAGACCUCGUCCUCGGGUUCCACAGACACUGGAUCCAGAUUUUGUGAUGACUCGUCGCAGGAGGCUGAUCAGCAGGAUGCAGAGGCUGGAUGCCAUCCUGGAUGUCCUGCAGGACCACAACAUCCUGAACGCUGCCAACAGGGCGGCUGUGCACAUCUAUGCAGUCCGCAAGGACAAGAACCGGGCUCUGGUGGACCUUGUCCUCAGAAAGGGGGGAGAGGCCCAGGAGGUUUUUUAUCAAGCCCUCAGCCAGUCCGAGCCUUUCUUACUGCUGGAUCUGGAAGAUGGUCCAAUCAUGGACAAGCAUCCCUCGGAGCCGUGUGUCCUCACAGAGAUGUUGGAGUGUCUCGUCUCAGAUGAGCUCAGAACCUUCCAGUGGUUGGUCAGUGAUCACAUGACUGGAGAAAGCCUCACUCCUGUUGGUCGAGAGAAGUUACAGCACGCAGACAGGCUGACGACUGCAAGACUGCUGCGAGAACAUUUUGGACCAAUACAGGUGGAGAACGUUGCCAUGAACAUCCUGCUGAAGAUGGUCCCAUGCCUCAGUGUCUGUCUGCGCGGGCAAGGAGUGACGUCACAGAUGUCGUCUGACAUCAGAGUGGAGACAAAUAUGGACACAUCAGUGAUAAAGAAUAAACCUGAAGUCUCCGAGGACGGCAACAUGUUCAGGUUGCGUUGUCGGCAGCCGGGAGUUUUCCUCUGCAGUGAGACUGGUCUGCUGCUGGAGGGCGUCGGCGACGUUGUCUAUCAGACAGUCCCCUGGGACCUGGACUUUCUGUCCGCUAAAGGUUUGAGGCCGGCCGGACCACUGUUCAGGUUCAAACUGCUGACAGGAAGUUUCCACCGCGUCCACCUGCCACACUGCCUCUUAGAUUGUGCUCAGCACUCCCUUUCCGUAGGUCACGUCACUGGGGACAGCGUGGAUUUCAUCACACCUGGUCAGGUGACAGACAGUCAUGUGAUCAUCGACAUCUCUGGCUUCUCAUGUUUCGGUUUGGUGUUUCGGAUCUCACCGCCUGACUCCUCCCGGGACGCGAUCGGUGGCCUUGUGCUGCUCUUCCAUCGCUUCAGUGAUUCCUCGCUAUUUGUCCAUCUGCUGCCCAGGAAUGUCUGCCUCACUCAGGUGAUAAAGACGUGUAAGCAACGAAUCAGAGCAGAGUAUGUGGAAACAAUACCUGACUGUGAGCUGAUCCCAAAUCAGACAUACAAGCUGAGCGGACAGCCCUCCGUUUUCAUCCAGCCAGAGGUCCAGCUGGAGGAUCUGGAGGCCGACAUGUCUCUGAAGCUGCAGCUGAGUCACUUGACUCCACUCCGUCUGAUUGGCUGGCUGAUUGGCUCCAUAGAGUCUUUGGUGUGGCACCAAGUCCUCACUCUGAGAGCUGCUGCCUCCUCUCCCUGUACAGAAGUUCCUGUCUCGGAGUCAGUGAAUGUGAUCCUCCUGCUGCACGGAAUUCUGAAAAAUCUGCAGUUGGAGGAUUUUAAAACCUUCCAGCGUCUCCUGAAUCUGCGGUCUGAUCCGAUCCCCAUUUGCCAGCUGGAAGCAGCAGAUAGAAUGAGAACUGUGGACUUGAUGGUCCAGCAGUACCAUGCUGAAGGGGCAAAGCAAGUCACUGAGGAGAUCCUGAGGAAGAUGAACUUCAAUCACCUGGUUGAUCAGCAGCUGAUUAACUGACUGAUCUGAAAACCAACGUCUGGAUUUAAAAACACGUCAGACUUUUUUGUUAUUUACCCUUUUUGAUCCAAACCAUUGAAGAAGAGAAAAGGCAAACAGCUAUUGUAAAAUAUAAUAUAAUCUUGUAUCGUAUUGUGUUGAAUUUGAUGUCUUGUGAGUGUAAGUGUAACUCUGCCACUGUGAUCAGAUCACGCAAAAUAAUUAGUGAUAUGGAUGGAUGGAUGGAUGGAUGGAUGGAUGGAUGGAUGGAUGGAUGGAUGAAGGUGCUGUGCAGAGGGUGGUGGGUGUCCAGGAUGGAGAGUACAAAUGUCCAGGGUCCUUCUCAGCCACUGUCAACACUGAGGCAAUAUAUUAUAUAUUAUUAUAUCAGAAUUAUAGAAAGAUCCCAUGUGAAUGAGCGUUGAUCUCUCCCCACCAUGCAGGCAAUGCACAGUGCGGGCUGUAAACAGGAAGCGGCUCUGUGUAGUAUAUUUUAUACCAUUUCAUAUAUUUAUUUAUUUAUUUUGUACUAUUGUUUCCAGCUCACCUGAUCUGUUUUUAUUAUUGCUGUAAUCAGCAUAAAUGUCUUAAUCUGAUAUGUGUGGUAUUUUAUUCAACUUUUGUAUUACUCAUAUUCUAUAACUUGUAAUAGGUAUUUUACUAAAUAGAAAAGCACUGUAUAAAUAAUGAUAAUGAUGAUGAGUUCUAUUAGUAUUCAUAUUAUUUUAUGACUGAAGCUGAAAACAUGUAUUUAACACUUUCUUUUUCUGUUUCUUAUGUUCAAUUUUGUUUUCCUCGUGGACUUUUACAAUUUUAACAUCAGUGAAAUUAAAACAUGUUCAAUGAGUAAAAAAAAAUAAAAUGAUGAUAAUAAAACAACAACA